AUGCAGGCCAGGCUUGCUGCUUUGCAGGGUCAGCUUGGACACCUCUCAGGCAUGGAUGGUGCCCCACAGCCCGGAGGUGGUGGAGUUGCCCUUGCUCGUGCUGCGGGGGCCUUUAUGCCGGGGUUUGGUAGCAAGGAUGGCAACAGCUUGCCACCAGGAAGUUCCCAAGA